UUUUGGCUCAGACGUCCCCACAAGCAAUUCCUCAUGUCAGCUCAACUCCAGGAUGUAGGCCUUCCGCUCCUGACGGUGGCCGUCCUGUCUCCUGUGGCCAUCCUUUGUUUCCGAUACGGUGUGCCGAUCGAGAUCAUCGUGUUUGGCCUCCUAUGUGCAGGAUACAAGGGGCCAAAGUGGUGCAGACGAACUAAGGCUCCAGGAGGUGAUGACCAGGAUGUCCCUGUGCCUUCCAAAGCUGAGGUAGCGGAGCCAAGCGACUCCAAGACUGGAGGCUUUCCCGCCUGGAGGCCUUGGAAGUCCAAGUCCAAGGGGGAGGAGAACAUAGGCACCUGGCGGCGAGAUGCCAAGGCCAAAGAGAGACCGAAGCCCGAAGUCAAGGAAGCGAAGCCCAAAAGCAGCGCUGCCCUGUUGAAGAAGAACUCUUCACAGACGCAGUGGCGGUCGAUUAUCAACAAGUUCACGCCGGAGAAGUUCGACAAGCUUUGUGAGCAGCUGCUCGGAACGCUGCCGGCUCCCGGCGAGGACGCCGAGAAGCCUUGUGAUGACGCAGCGUUUUCUAAGAUUCUGGAAGACCUGCUGUCCUUGAUCUUCGAUGCUUGCAGUAGGCAGCAUCAGUACACGGAGAUGUACACGGAUCUUUGCCAGAAGCUUUUGGACCACGUGGCCCAGCAGAGGCCAAAUCUUGAUGGGCGCGCCACUGUCUGGGAGAGGUGCCAGUACAUCUUUCAGACAAUAGUUCUGAAGCCUCCAGAGAUUUCAGCAGAUUUGCCAGAAGAUGAGUACAUGGACAAGAAGGCGAAGAUCAAGGAAAAGAUGGUGGGGAUGGUGAAGUUCGGCGGGGAUCUGGUUGGCCGCGGGCUUGUGCCUGCAGAGGGCGUCAUGACUUGGAUUCACACUCUCCUCAGUGAAAAGACUGAGGAGGUCUUCGCACACGAGGGUGAGGAUGGGGCGCUCGUGAAGGAGACAGACAAAGAUGUUGAACAGCGAGAGGUGCAGCUGGAAGUGCUCUGCGCCAUCCUGGCCAGCAUGGGAGGCUCCCUCUCAGACCCGACUGUCUGGAACGAGGAGAACAGGCUCGUCAUAGAGGAUGUCUUCGAGCAGCUGGAGCAGCUGUCCGUCGACGAUGAGCGGUUGUCCUUGCGUAUCAGAUGCCUUAUUCGGGAUGUGCUGGACUUGCGCAUGGCCCAGUGGAAGGAGAAGGCGGGCAAGCUGAAGCCCACUGCGCUCCAGCGGCAGAAGGAUGAGGACGAGCGCCUGGAGACCAAUCUCCGGAGUGAAGCGCCGGAGUUCGUGCCGGGGUCCAAGGGCGGAGCCCUUUGGACCUCCGACCGGCUGCUGGAGGGCAAGCCGUGGAUGGACGCGGCGCUCCUCGCGAGCUUGGAAGUGGUGGAGCAUCACUUGGAAGUGAUCGAGGACAGAGAUGCAAAGCUGCAGCGGCUGAAGUCACUCAUCCAGCUGUACCAUCUCAUUCAGGAAAAGCAGAUAGUUAUCGUUGCCAACACCCUCAAUAUCCGCAAGAUGUUGGACAUGAUAUCUGGGUCCUUUGGUGCAAUCAACUACAGAACCCUAGAUAUCAACACGCCGGAGCAGAUCCGCACGCAGAGCCUGAGAAGCUUCGAGAUGGGCCAGGUGUCCAUGUUGUUGAUGACCACCGACGUCUCAGCUCGCCGAGAUUUCGACUUCGGCAAGGCUGCGCCGGUACUCAUCAACUUCGACUUCCCUAUGACCUUGCAACUCUACAUGUACCGAAUCCAGAAGCGGGCAGACAGCUCCACGCACGUCUACACCUUCUUCUCGCCCAACGAUGUGCGGCACGCCGCGUCGCUGAUCAUCGUGCUGGAGGGCGCCAGGCAGAAGGUUCCAGAUGCCCUCAGGAAGAUGAAGGACCAGGCCAAGGCUGAUGGCAAGAAAGAGCAAGGCCGCAGGUCCAAAGAGCGGGAAGACGAGGAGGCUGGAAGCAAAGGCUCCAAGAGGCAUGAUGAUCGCAGAUGGGAGGGAGGACGAGACUCACGAAGGUCCGAAGGACCAGACGGCGAAUCAGGUGACCGGAACCGGCGCGCAGCUGGUGGCUCUCGGCUAGAAGAGAGGCCCGAUGCAGCCGCAGGCUUGAGGCGGUCACAAACAGCAAGCAGCGGUGGCAAGGACAGGUGGAGCGAGAUGGAUGGCGGUCUACAGCGCUCAGCCACCGUGUCCGGGUCUACUCCAAGCGGCCCGCGACAGCGCCGAGAGGCCCCUCUGGGGGGCGGCGGCGAUGGUCAACCGCGCUCCAGGGGCCAAAAUUGCACGGAGCCAGAGCAGCCCGUGAGGAUCCUGAGUAGGGGUGACCGGGCUGCGCCGGCCAUGUCACAAGCCUACAAAUCACCACCAGGUGAAGGCAGAUCUGGCCCUCGAAAUCGGGGGCAUGGUCACAGAUGACUGUGUUGGCAUUCUGGGCAUGCUCUUGGGAUGUCUGAGUGAGGCCCAAUACUCGCGCACUGAGUUGCGAACUGCCGAAGGAGUAGGCGAAUGGGUGGGGCAACCCAGCUGU